AUGGCUGUGCCACCGAUUGUCAACGCGACGCUGCAAUCUGCAGUGCUCUCGGCCACCUCCAACCUGAUUGCCCAGGUCCUAACAUCCUACCAAUCCAAUGAACCCUUCAUUCUGGAUUGGGUGCCCGUAGUCCAAUUCACCAUCUGGGCCAUCGUGAACACGCCCUAUAACUACCUGUGGCAAGACUACCUCGAACAAACCUUCCCCGCCUACGACAAGCCACCGCAACAAAGCGGCAAGGGCGCCAAGUCCUCAGCGGCCGGCGAUCGCAAGCUCAACGUCAAGAACACCCUCGUCAAGACGCUCCUCGACCAGACCAUCGGCUCCGUCGUCAACACCUUCCUCUUCGCCCUCUUCGUGAGCAGCCUGCAGGAGGCCAUGCAAAGACCGGAACACUGGGCCCACCCGUCCAAGUCGGCCGCCUUCCUCCUGUCCGGGUCGGCCAUCGACUACUCCCGCGUCGACUGGGACGCCAUCUUCGCGCGCGUCCGCCGCGAGUUCUUCCCCAUCCUCGUCGCCGGCUGGCGCCUCUGGCCCCUCGUCAGCCUGGUCAACUUUGCCUUCAUUACGAGCAUCCAGGGCCGGAACCUCGUCGCUAGCGUUGCUGGCAUUGGCUGGGGCGUCUACAUGAGCCUCUUGGCUUCCCGUGGUAGCGACUCUUGA